UGGAGUCGAUUUAGGACGCACCCACACGUGUUUCUAUACUUGUUGUAGCGACUCGGUUGAGGUUAUAAUCGCUAAUAUAAUACCAUCAUCUCCGGAUCCGUUUAUAUUCUGAGUUUAGGUGUGAAGUGGUGUCCAUAUAUUUGUGGUAGAUAUGGAUGAGGCGGAUGAAAUAUCCCGGAUGUGCUAUGAGCACUACAUGUCGUUACCGAGGAGAGGGAAACCUGAAGCAGGCCGGGAGUGGACUCAACUAGCGGCGGUCAUUCAGCUCACACACACCGUGCAGAGGAAGGUGGUGGCUCUGGGGACCGGCACCAAGUGUAUCGGACGCUCCGCCAUGAGUCCUAAAGGUGACAUUCUGAACGAUAGUCAUGCGGAGGUGAUUGCACGUCGGAGCUGUGUACGGUAUCUGAUGGAGCAGAUGUAUGAAGCCGUUACAGAAGAUAAAAGUUCAGUUUUCUGUCGAGCUGAUCGGAGCGGAAAAUGGAAAAUCAGACCUGAAGUUUCAUUCACCUUCUUCUGCAGUCACACACCGUGUGGAGACGCCUCCAUCAUCCCCAUGAUGGACAGCCAGGCGCAGCCGUGUCCACCAAUCACGACCGAGGUGGCCGUUCAGCGGACCAAUCAGGACUCGGGAAGCAGGAACAGGAAGCGGAGUGCUGAGAGUGAAGGCGGUGGAGUGAACAAACGUCCCAGAGCCGCUACAGAGGAGGAGGAACCCGGCGCGGAUCUGGGACACCGCCGGGCGGAGCCGGAUUGGGACGGGCGGGUCCUCGACGUGCACCGCACCGGGGCGAAGUGCGUCCCCGGGGAGCAGAGUGACCCCCGGGGGGCGGGGCCGGACUACCACAGAGCGGGGGUGCUGCGGGUGAAGCCGGGGCGUGGCCAGCCCACCCUGUCCCUCUCCUGCAGUGAUAAACUGAGCCGCUGGUGCACGCUGGGCUUCCAGGGGGCGCUGCUGAGCCACUUCCUACAGGGGGGCGUGUACUUCAGCGCCGUGGUGCUGGGGAAGUGUCCCUACAGCCCAGAGAGCAUGGAGAGAGCCGUCACCAGCAGGUGUGUUGGCGUGACGGAUCUCCCGGAUGGAUUUGCUCCUCACGUCCCCGACCUGCUGCAGUCGGGUGUGGAGUUCGUACACGGACGCUCACGCACUCAGCAAUCCCAUGAUGCCUCGCUGCAGGGCCGCGUGGUUCCGUGUGGAGCGGCUAUAAGUUGGUGCGCCGUCUCCUCCCAGCCUCUAGAUGUCACCGCUAACGGCUACAAACAGGGAGUAACCAAGAAAUCUCUGGGAACAGCUCAGGCUCGGUCAUUCAUCAGCAAGGUGGCGCUGUUUCACUACUUCCUCAAUCUGCUGGAGUCAACUCACCAAUCAGAGCGUCCGGAUUCUCUCCGGGGGAAGACGUUGAGCACGUACAGGGACUAUAAAGAAGCGGCGGAUGAAUACCAGCAGGCGUGGGCUGCACUGCGCGCUCAGGUCUUCACACCGUGGCCUCAAAGUCCUCGAGAGCUUCUGCACUUCACCUAACGCACAUACCGGCAUGCACACACCCAGUGUAUUCAGUCUGACUGAUGAUGUGUGACCAAAAGUAUCUGGACGCCCCUCUAAUGAGUGAAUUUAUGUGUUUAAGACAUAACAGUUAAUAUCAGGUGUAAUAAAUCAAUCAA